AUUUCCUAUGUGAGUUGACUUAGAAAGUGGAUGCUGCUGUCAUUGCUGAGUGAAAAUUGUGUAAACUGUGUAACUCCGCUAUCUUUAUCACCGUGACUAGAAUCCGUGGCAUAAGAGAGAGAGAAAAAAAGACCAGGAGCCAUGGUGAAGGACUUUUUAGUCAGAUGCUCCUUGCUGUUGUCCCUGACGCUGCAAGCGGGGGAACACUUUGCAGGAUCCUUCAAUGUGGACAAAUCUCACUACCAAGUCGUGUCUGGACAAGACGGGUCCUAUUUUGGAUUCAGUGUUGCCCUAUGGGCGGACACGAACAAGACAUAUAGCCUGGCUGUUGGAGCGCCCCGUGGAACUCUUGCUGACUCUGCCAACAAUACGAUUCCUUUUGGAAACCUCUACCUCUGUCAGCCAUUAAAAAAUGACAACGAAGACCACUGUGUUGUUCGGAAGGAUAUCCCGUUCUUCGACGAGUCAGAUAGAAGCCUACAGGCCAUAUUGUGGGAUGAAGAUACCUACUCAAGGCACGGCAUAGGGUUGGGGGAGACAGUCUUCGCUCUUGAUAAGAGUAAUUCGAAACUUGUGGUUUGUGCCCCGCGAUUCCCGAGGAAGAACAGUGCCUCGCAUUCCGCCGAAGCACAGCUCCAGACCCGAGGGGCUUGCUUCGCCAUCUACAAGACCUCUGACACUCCUGAGAAAAUCAUUCCAUACCCAAAUUACAAUUUGAAGAACGACCUGAGUAAAGAGGUGUUGGCCAUCAACGAUUACAAGGGCACCGGCUUUGCUGAAAUGGGGUUCAGUGCCUUUCUUGAUGACGAUGGUCAGUCGCUAUACUUGGGAGGUCCAUCCGCAUUUUACUUCGAAGGCGUAGCUGUGAAGAUGCACAAAACCCCACGCACGUGGAAACGGGUGAAAUCGUCGCAAGUGAAACGCAAGGACAAUGGAAUGGACAACAACUACAGUGGCUGGGCGACGGUCGUAGGAAAGCUCUGUAGCAGAGGGGUGAAAUGCGUCGCAGUGUCCUCUCCAGGUUACGACGACCACAGAGGAAAGGUGACGAUCUACGCCGCCGACCUGAAGUCGUCGAAGAAGGUGGAGCUCCUGGGCGAAAAGGGCAUCGGGUAUGGCCUGUGCCUGGGCAUCGGGGACUUCAAUGGGGAUGGGCAAGACGACCUGGCCGUAGGGGCGCCUACGGAGAGAAAAAGGGAGCGGCUUAUUUGCAGGAUAGGGAAAGUCUUCAUUUACUUCGCGCCUUCUGAGAAUGCUACGAACUACGUCGUGUUGGAGGGGCACCUCCCUUGGGGGAGAUUCGGGCACGCGGUGACCAGCCCUGGUGACCUCGACUCCGAUGGCUACGCCGAUCUCGCAGUUGGAGCUCCGUUUACGUAUAACGGCAAAGGCUCCGUGUACAUUUACAAUGGUGCUGAAGAAGGAAUUCGGUCUAAACCAUCCCAGGUCAUCCACGCAUCGGAAUUCCAGCCCCAUCCUUCCCUGUUGUGGUUUGGCUACAGUCUUGAUGGGGGCCUGGACUUCGAUGGGAAUGGGUACCCUGACCUCGUCGUGGGAGCACCGGGGUCACACCAGGCGGUGUUCCUCAGAACUGGUCCUGUGAUUUCUCUCCGAGGAAAGAUAGAGUUCGAGGCGCCAGAGGUGUACCUGAACGACACCUCCUGUCUCGUGGUCCUUCCAGAUGGCAUCCUCCAGAAAGUCACGUGUUUUAACCUUAUAAUUCGUCUCCAGUACGAGGCCAAACAUAUUUCGGACCCCAUACCAUUACGUUUGAGGGUCGAAUUGGAUCAUUACAAAAGAUUAGCUUUCUUUGACAACCACGAUGAUGUGUACUCUUCAAUUCAGAAUAUCUCUCACGUUGAUGCCAACACCGUUCCUCUGAGCCUUCUUGUGUACGUCAAGCCAAACAUCCGACACUUGUGGCUGUCAGAGGUGGCAGAGGCAGAAUUGAAAGUGUCACUUGUGCAAAAGCAGCGUUCUACUUCUGAUCUGUUCAACGUGAUGAGCGCCUACAGCAAGUACAAGUUCAGCAACUCGACGACUUUCUACUGCCCUCCGCCUAUGAACUGCCUCACAAGUUCUGAUCUCGUCCUGUUGGCGAAAGAUGAUCCGCAACCUCUGGUAGUAAGUGACGGACUCAUGAACAUAGACAUCUCCUUCGAGGUGAGGAAUAACACAGCCUAUUCCGUGACCUUGACAGUCACGAUACCCGACGCCCUGGAGUAUUUGCAAGUGCAGAGUGACCACCAUUUCCCCAAACUGAGGAACCACAACCACGACGGCAAAGAGGUCGUGCUGGACUUCAUAUUCCCGUCAGAAAUACCAAAGGGGCUGAAGAUCACACUCACUUUUACCUUCAAGCACUCGGCCAUUCGCCUCAUCGAGUACGGCCAGCCAAAUCUGGCCUUAGGUUUUGUCAUCAAAGGAGACACACAGGAUCUUGAUAACUCCAACAAUGCCCAUAUCAUCCAGGUUCCUCUUUUAAGUAAAGUGGAGUUAAACGCUAGGGGGUGGUCAAUCCCUGACCUGGUAGAGGCCAAGCUGAACGAAACGCUGCCAGGGAGAUCACUCUUAAACUUCGAGUCUUAUCAGGCCAAUAUAUCGGACACAAAAACAGAUUAUCUCGGCCCGAAGAUAACUCAUCAUUUCAUUGUGGUUAACAGAGGACCUUCUCCUCUAAUUCACGGGCAGAUCGUCUUAGGACUGCCCCUGCAACUUGCACUUGGGAAGCCUGGCCAACUGAGACACUUUCCACUAGUCUACUUCGUGAAUCCCCUGAAGACAACGGGUAACCUACGGUGCUCAGCCCCACCACUCAAUCCUCUAAAUCUGACCACAUGUUACGACUCUGAAAACGAAACCAGACCAGACACUAAUCUGUCAACGGCACCACCAGUGGAUUUUCUGGAACUGAACGACUCCUCUACCAAAAGUCUACAAGAAGAAGAAGAAGAAGAAGAAGGAGGAGGAGGAGGAGGAGGAGCAAGAGGAGAUGGAACGCCCCAUACGGCCAACUUCACUAGAAGGAGACGGUCAGUUCCCGAGUUUCCUGUCGACCAGCUGUCAAGAUCAGGAGAGGACAGAACUCCUCACCUUUCGGCAGAGCGCAUCAUCCUCGAGAACUCGGAACCUCAGGUCACGACCCCUGCGAGCAAGAAUCCUCAGUCUGGUGGCGGGGCCAGAAAAAAACCUCCAACCAAACUGAACUGCGAUGUCUUGAAGUGUGAAGAGAUAAUCUGUGAUAUAUCUGAGGUGGUGUCAGACGGAAAUGUCACUAUAGAAGUCACUGGAUACGUCGUUGCUGGAACACUUGAGCUAACUCAUCUUCAUAAAGUGAUCAUCGAGACCGGCAUGGCAUUCUACACAAACCAGCAAAAUGUCUUCCUCAAUGGCCGUGUAGCUACCAACAAAGGAAGCCCAUCAGAAGCUUAUAAUACACACAGCAAAUACCAACAAUAUGAAGAAGAAGAUGAAGAUGAUGGCGUUGACGUCCAUGGACGAAUCAGUGACGCAGAGUAUCCUGGGCAUCUUCAAAAUGAAGGUGAAGAGACCUUGACUAAGAAUGUAACUGAUGUACCUUACUUCUUCAUGACUGAGGAACCUCAUGACAGAGUUAUAAUGGCCCAAAACACUACUGAGGCAGUCAACUAUGUCCUUCCUACAGAGAGGCAAGUAGGGUCUACAGAACAGGGCGAAAGCACACGUUUACAUGUAUCUGAUGCUGAAUUCAUAAACCCAGACCUCCUGAGUCAUAAUAAUUCAGACACUUUCUCAGGGAAACUCCGUGAAUACACAAAUGAUACAGCUGAGGAAUACGUUUCUACAACUGGUACCACCACUUCAGCAGACACACAGCAAAUGGAUUUUGAUCUUUCCACUGGAAUGAGUAUCCAGAUAACAGAGUCCACAGGCCACACAUCUGGUCAAUUUCCUUUGGAUUCCAACUCCACCAGACCAGAGUACUUGAAAACCUCUGAUGCUGAAGAAUCUUCUGUGACAGCAAAAGAAAUGUUUACCUCUGAUGCUGAAGAAUCUUCUGUGACAGCAGAAGAAAUGUUUACCUCUGAUGUUGGAUCUUCUGUGAAAGCAGAAGAAAUGUUUACCUCUGAUGCUGAGGAAUCUCCUGUGACAGAAGAAGAAAUGUUUACCUCUGAUGCUGAAGAAUCUUCUGUGACAGCGGAAGAAAUGUUUACCUCUGAUGCUGAAAAAUCUUCUGUGACAGCAGAAGAAAUGUUUACCUCUGAUGCUGAAUCUUCUGUGACAACAAAAGAAUCUACAGAGCACAAAACUACAAGCACGGAAGCAGACACAGAUCCCACGAGAACAGAAAAGAGUGAAAGGGACUGGAAUUCUACAGUUGACACCAAUGACACCUAUGUCUCCAGAGAGGACACCUUCAAUUCCUACCCCUAUGCAGAAGCUUUAAAAGAAGCAACAACAAUUGCAGAUUAUGAAUUGAUCUCGCCUCCAGGAAGCAACUACAACAGAUCGGAAAAUCUGACAGUAACGACACCCAAAAACAGAACUAAAUCGGCAGCCUUCUCUGCGAGAAGAUACGAUGUCCGGGUUUCAACUUACAUCACAGUCAUAAGGAAAACGAAAACGAGCGACUUCUCUGUAGAAUCUGUACUUCAACUGAGAGGCCUGGAAAUUAUUGGUGCCGUAACUGGCGGCCUGAUGGCAGUUGUCGUCCUGUGUAGUCUGUUACAUAUGUGCGGCUUCUUCAAACGCAAACGGAUCAGCAAAGAGCAGAGGGAGGAAUUGGAGAGGACCAUGAAGGAGAGACUGGAGAAAGAGAAGUACGGGUAAUGGAAGGAGCCAAGCGACUCUUGAUCAGUAAACAUUUAUGUAGGAUAUACCAACGGAGGCUUACCAGGACGACUCAGGGAAUACAUGGAAAAAAUAUCACGUAUCUUAUGUUGAUAGAGAGGGGAGACUUAUGUUGAUAGAGAGGGGAGACAUAGAUUGAUAGAAAGGCAAGACAUAUGUUGACAGGAAGGGGACUUAUGUUGAUAGAAAGGGGAGACUUAUGUUGAUAGAGAGGGGAGACAUAUGUUGAUAGAAAGGGAAGACAUAUGUUGACAGAAAGGGGACUUAUGUUGAUAGAAAGGGAAGACAUAUGUUGAUAGAAAGGGAAGACUUAUGUUGAUAGAAAGGGGAGACUUAUGUUGAUAGAAAGGGAAGACUUUCGUUGAUAGAGAGGGAAGACAUAUGUUGAUAGAAAGGGAAGACUUAUGUUGAUAGAAAGGGGAGACUUAUGUUGAUAGAGAGGGGACUUAUUUUGAUAGAGAGGGAAGACUUACGUUGAUAGAAAGGGGAGACUUAUGUUGAUAAAAAGAUAAAAAGGGGAGACUUACCUUGAUAGAAAGUGAAGCCUUAUCUUGAUAGAAAGGGGAGACUUUCGAUGAUAGAAAGGGAAGACUUAUGAGAUGAAUAAAUAGGCAAAUCUGAAUGUCUAAUGUCAGAUUGUAGAUUGCAUGAAC